GCCAGCGUGUGCCGGUCGUCCGCGUUGGAUCGCGUGGAGUGUUGAGCGAGAGAACACCGCUUGGUGGUAUCUCGUCAGAUAAGUCAGGCAUGGAUGAUGAAGCAGAAACAUACAAGCUAUGGAAGUGCAGAAAAACGGUGAUGCAGCUUUGCCAUGACCGCGGCUACCUGGUGACCCAGGACGAGUUGGACCAGACGCUGGAGCAGUUCAAAGACCAGUUCGGAGACAAACCUAGCGAGAGGCGGCCGGCGCGUAGUGAUCUGAUCAUCCUGGUGGCCCACACGGAUGACCCGACAGACCAGAUGUUUGUGUUCUUCCCUGACGACGCCAAGAUCGGCAUCAAGACCAUUAAGACGUACUGCCAGCGGAUGCAGCAGGAGAACAUCUCGCGAGCCAUCAUCGUCGUGCAGGCCGGCAUGACGCCGUCGGCCAAACAGUCGCUGGUAGACAUGGCGCCCAAGUACAUCCUGGAGCAGUUCAUGGAGUCGGAGCUGCUGAUCAACCUGACCGAACACGAGCUGGUGCCGGAGCACGUGGUGCUCACCGCGGAGGAGAAGCAGGAGCUGCUCACCCGCUACCGGCUCAAAGAGAACCAGCUGCCCCGCAUCCAGAGCGGUGAUCCCGUGGCACGCUACUUCGGACUGCGUCGCGGACAGGUGUGCAAGAUUAUCCGGCGGUCGGAGACGGCGGGCAGGUACGUGUCGUACCGGCUGGUCUGCUGACCUGGCUGGCGGACCCUGCAUUGUCACCCUGGCUGGCCUGACGUCCUGACGUCCUGGCUGCGGACGCCGGCAGGCCUGCGCCGCCAUCUGGCGGGCCGGCGAUGCUGCUGCUGACUGCCGCCUUAGUGGAUCUCCCACUGCUGCACCCCGCCAGGAUAUGUUCGGCGCGGGAGCGUUACGUGGGUCGGCUGGGGUGUGUUUACCGCAGCGUGUUUUCCCGAUUGGGCCUGGGGUCCAGACAGUGUUUCAUCUCAUCUGCUCUGCUUGUGUCAUGACUGAAUACAGUGUUGAAACGAC